GGCCGAGCCAAUUUAAGUUUACGCAAGACCUUAAUAGCCACGCUCUUUAGGCUGCUCCGGCUACAAUUAAAGCUUGCUCUUACAGCGUGUUUUUAUCAGUCAUGCCACCAAGGAAGUCGAAGAAAGCGAGCCUCCUGUCACUGAGGAAAACCGACGGCCAGCUGAGCAACGAACAGUGGGAUCAAAAAAAGCAAUUGUUUAUGCAACAAUUUGAAAAAGAAGCACAAGAAAGGAUUAACGAGAUGGAAGCGCAACUGGAGCAGAUUUUGGCGACUGUCGAUAGGGUAUUCAGGGUUGAAAUUAUGAAAAUGCCACCCCAGCUGCAACGCACGUUAAUAAAAGACCUGAUGAGCGAAGACGAUGUUCCCGCCGGCGAAGUUACUCUCGCAAUGCAGGUGAGGAUUCAGAAAUCCAUUGUGAAAUUUAAGACGGUGGUGCCAUCUUCUGGCAAAAUGCUGUGGGCCUCCACACAAUCCUCCACCAGCAGGUUCCUAAGCGCUUCCAAUCUAGUGGCCUGCGGUGGGGAUGAGAAGGCCGGUCAGCAGUUAGUAAGCCCCACUGCUACUAUAUUCACUUCUUACGGGCAGACCCUAUGCCUCUCAGAUGACGUUAAAAAUGACAUUAACGUGGAGAUGCUGGACGACACUGCAGUGCAUCAGAUGCAGAAGCUGAUGCAACUGAUGGACUACCUGUGCAACAAGUUUAGCGAGCAACAGCCAGCAAGUGGAUCGUGA